CGACGCGUUUGCAAACGGUUGCAAAUGAAAGAAAUCCACCAAAAUCUAUCUAAAUAAUAAUAAUAAUGCACUAAAAACACCUUCCAUUAACCGCAAACCAACGAACUGUACAUAAUAAUUACUAAGAAAUUGAAAAGUGUAGAGAAAUAAUUAACGAAAUUCCAAUAAUUGCUCAAGUUACAAUACAUUGAGCUCGCGUACGCGUUUGAAAAUUGUUUGAUCGAUUCGACUUCAAAUUGGAUGUAAAGGCAUUCGCGGGACCAAAUUGCCAUAGUGAAAUAAAGUGUGGUAGAAUUCUAGACACCCAAGCUAAUGUCCAGUGACGCAGGCCACGAAAUUCAAAAAUAAUUAUUCUGCAAAAAAAAAGUGGAAAACGACAGAAAAAAUUAAAAAGAAAUUAUAAGAAAAGAAACAGCUGCACUAUAUAGUAUAAGUGUAGUUGAACAAUUCCACCCCAUAAAAAAAUAACAAGUGACCACAAGUGAAACAAGAAACAUAUUGCACCGUGUUAUAAUUAUUCGUGUUUUCUUUUCAUUUGUCUUUUUGAGCUGUCAACUAUUUGCCUUUAUAUAGCCAGACUAUAUAGAACUGUACAAUAAGAGACAGCACAACCCCUUUACUCUAUAAAAAAAACUAUAUAUUUAUUUAUUCCUUCCUACUCUGUGCUGGAAAUCGCUUCGUUUAUUUGUAACGAAGUUGGAACAUUUGCCAAGCCAAGAAACUUUUAGUGUGUGUUUUGUGUUUUUUUUUUGUAUUUGUGUUCAAUUUAUUUUCAUCAAGUGGGAAAGUUAACAAAUUUCCAUUUAAUUGAAACAAUUGCUCUAAACUCGAAAAUAAAUAGACUGGGCAGCAUCAUAAAAAUACGACAGCAACAACAACAAACUCCAAGAGCUGCAUUCUAAGUAGAGCAAAGCAAUAACAACAACAUCGAGAUCGACGAAAAAAAAAGAGUAACCGCAUUGUGUGCAAGAUACACAGAUAGAAAGAUACAAAGAUACUGAGAUACCUGUCUCUCUGUGAACAGCCCAACCCUCUACCAAAACGACGCUGCUUUGGUCGUAAAUGCAGUUUGAGGAACUACAGCAUAAUUAGCAUUGUAUGCAAGUGUCUAUCGGUGUGUGUAUUUGAGUGUGUGUGCUUCAAACGCUCGCAGCAACAGCUAGAAUAACAACAACAACAACAGCGGCUGCACAAUGUAUCUCAUACAGACUGUUCAAACAAGUUGGCGACCGCAGUUGCCGCUGCCCAAAGAGCUGCAGUUAGCCGAUGAACGACUCGUCGACGACGACGACGACGAUACGAAAGCGAACCACAACCACAACACAACAACUACAAACCUAAUCCCAGCCAAUACAGAGAGCCAACACUUUGAGGAUAUGGAACGUCUGCGUAGUCAUCACCAACAGCAACAACAGAGUUUAGGAGGCUCUGCCCAACAGUUGUCGAACAAACAGAAAUGGUCCUUUGGCCGACUGUUUCGCAAGAAGAAGGAGGAGGAGGCGGAGGGCAGCGCCAGUUCGAGUGAAGAGGAUCGCAAGGCGGGUUUUGUGCCCUCACAGCGUCAGAGUGCCAGCAAACCCAAGUCAAAGCAUGCAGGGAAAUCCGCACGUGGCAGUAAUAAAUCCUUAGGCUUCGAUCACAUUGUAAUGCCACCAGCUGCAGCACCGCAACCGCCACCGCAUCCCGCACAGCCGCAGCACAUAGACAACGAGUUCUUUUUACCCGUGGAAAUGGUGCCUCCCGAACCGUACUAUCAAAACCAACCGGGUUACUACAAUCGCUCGAGUAACUCCCUCGAUCGUCGAUUGUACCUCAAUCAACAGUUAGCGCCGGCGCCACACAAAUCCCGCUCGGCGCAACGUGGCAAGCAGCAGUUGCAACCGGGUGUGCACUCCAGCGAGGAGGAGCUCAUCUCGUUGAACUCCUCUACGUUCUCGAAGUACCGCAGCGACGAGAGCAUUCACAGCGGUGGUCAGGCGUUGCACGGUGUUGCGCCGGGGCAAAGUCGCCGCAGUCGUGCGGCACGCAACGAACGCUACUACAAACGUUUGUCGCGUGAUGGAGAAGUCAGUCAUGGCGGCGUACCACCGCAGUUGCAACAGCAGCAGCAACAACAGCAACCGUUGCAGACGCAACGCUACAAGACGCAACCGCUGCCGUUGUCCAUCUAUCAAGCACCUCCUCAGAGCAACUCGAACUCCAACUCCGGUUACGUACAGUGGCAGCCACAAGCUGCAACGCGUCCGCUGCAAAACUCAAUGCAGAGCGAUGGCAAGCGUAGCAUCAGCUAUGACAGUCACAUCCAUUUGCAGAAUGUGAAUGGACGCAUGCAGAGCAAACCGUUGCCACCGCCUCCGCCACCGCGAGAUCCGUUGCGUCGGGUGCAUGUGAUGGGAUCGAGUUCGGGUGAUUUGCGUCCCGUUUCGUAUGCCUUUGAUCAGGGCGGUCGCUGUGUGUCCGAUGAUCGCAUUUGGCAGCCACCGCAUUAUCAAUCUGUGCAUUCGCUCAACUCGCAGCCCAGCAGCAGCAUUGUGAGUGCCCCAUCACAGCAACAGUCACAGCAGCAAUCGCAUCCUCAUCGUCGGUUCAUCACGCGCAACGAACGCAAUGCGCUGCCUGGCAAGAAAUCCCUGCCGAAUGGCAUCGAUUUCCAUUAUGUGGCCGAUGCCACGCCGCGCUCACGUAAACCUAUUCACAUGCUGGAGGCGAGCAGCGGCUCGUUACAGGAACCGCCGUCCAGCGGAGUCCUGCGCACCUCUAAGAGCGGACUGCCCACCGACAACUGGCAACAGCAGCAGCAACAAUCAGCUCAACGUGCUGCUCCAGCGCUGACCAAGCCACGCUCCAUUUCUAGCUCGCGGCUAAGCGAACUGCGCAGUUAUCCCAUGCCCAUGUACUCCGAGGUGCAGAAACCCAAGCGUCCCGCACCGCCUCCGACUGCGAUGGAGCCAGACAACAUUGUCUGCGGAAGCUUGCACAUUAAGCCUGGCGCGGAGCAACGCAACCAAAACGUUGUGGAGAUACGUAACAAGACCAACUCGAUGCCGCAUCAUUAUCAGCGACGUUCGGGCGAAGAUUUGCCCAACAAGUACGAGGAGUAUGUGGCCGAGAAACGCGAGCAGCAUCAACAGGCGCCGGCGCCCGUUUUUCCCGCCGCCUCCGAGCGCAAAGCUAGCGCACCGGCAAUUGCACCCAUCUACUUCCCUCGCAAGAAGCCAGCGAAUCUGGAGGAGGCCAUCAAUGAGCUGGAGGCCAUCUACAAGUCGCUGGGACUCACCGAGCCACCUGAGCCAAUGCCGGAACCCAAAGUGGAGGCGAAGCCACGCGCUCCCACGCCCAGCGACUUUGAGAAGUUCGCCUUGGCACAUGCAGAUGAGUAUGACGAUGAGGAUUCACCCACCGGUGAACCUGAUCCAGUGCGCGAUGAUGUCGCCUAUCGCAACUUGCAGCUGAGUAAUUUGCAACAUCGUGCCAGCGAGAAGCAACCUCCCUUUGGCAUCCCUGUGGGACCCAUUGUGCCUGCACCUCAGAGCGAUUAUUUGCACGUUGAACCUGUGCGUGCACCAAAGAAGAAGAGCGGCUCCCCGGACAUAGUCAAGGAUGAUUUGGCUGUGCGUGCACUGCGCAAAGAUCCGCCAGGACCCAAGUCGAGCUUUGUGUAUCCCAUGCAGAAGAAACAACGUGCCACACGCACGCAGUCCGCUAACAUUUACAAUCUUAUACAGCGUGAUGCGGCGAAACCAUCCGGGGGAGAUUUAAGCAGCUACAUGGAGCUUACCCGCAGCAUUGAACGCGCAGGUUCGCUGUCGAAUCUGGGUGGAGCAACGGAAACGAGCGACACCAGCGAUGUGCCUGCUACAUUAGAUCUGCUGCGCAAGCUUAAGGCACAGGACGAAGAGCACUCCAAGAACAAGCCGCAUAUACCGUUCAGGCAUCCCAGCCAGGGUGGCGCUAUUGCCCAACUGCCGGAACGUCUGGGUCAGCAUGAGGAGACGCCAAACAGGCUGGCGCCGGUGCCAGCACCACGUAAGAGCCUGACACCUGAACCUCUGCUAGAGGAUGCAUUGAACAAAAUAGCGCUGGAUGCGCAGGCGAGCAGCAUUAAGUUGACGCAGGAGUUGCAAGAGUUGCGGAAGGAAGCUCUUAUCACAGCCGCGCGUCCCAAACUAACCGCUGAACAGCAAAAGCUAGAGCAGGAGCUGCAACAGAUUGAAGCUGUGUCCGAGGCAGCCAAACGGUGUGGCCAACUGCUGCUGGAUACGCUGCCUGAUAACGAUGAGCUGGACGCGUCACAGACGGAGCAACCGCAGCCACGUAAGCUGCACAAGGAGGGUACUCUGAUCAAGGCCAUCGAUGAGGUGUCCGAGGCAGCGAAUGCGGUGUGCGACAAAAUCCUGAAGGACAUUGUGACCACAGAACCACCCGUGGUGGUGCAUGAGGCCGUGAAAGUAAAGCAGGUGAUCCACAACAACAACGGUGAACAGUUGGUGAUGCCGCAUCUGAUCAAGAAACUGGAUCCCAUACAAUCGGACAAGAUCGAGGCGAUUGCCAAGCGUUGCAUGCGUCAACUAAGCGAACUGGCGGAUGCGCAGCCGGACUAUGAUAAUUUGGCCGCCUGUAAUAUGAGCACAGCUGGGGGAGCAGCAGCCGUUGGGGAAGCAGCAGCAGCUGAUGCCACUCUCAUUUGUCCCAUUGCAGAGACGAAGAAGAGUGCCCAGACCCGAGCACAGGCCAAAUCGCAGGCACUCGAGGACAUCGAUAAGAUAAUGCAGGAGUGCGAGCGACAGGCACGCGGUGGCAGCAACAGCAUCCUGACGACCAUCACCAGCAGCAGCAGCACUCGCAGCACCAACAACAACACCAACAGCAACACCAACAACUCGAGUACUGAUGAUCAACGGACGACGGCUCCGAGCAUGAGCAGCGGCAGUGUGAGUGGUAAUGCAACCACAGUUAGCACCACAGCAUCAUCGUUUAGCUCGAGCAGCGAUUGUUUGGCCAAAUCAUCGAGUCCCUCGACCGCGAGUCGCCCGAUGUCCUCGAGCAUUACGUCAUUCAAUCCGUACUCAUCGAGUGAUUACAUUAAAUCGCAGAGCAGCGAUUAUCAUGCACCCAGCACUGAUCCCAUCAAGACAUUCAGCACCACAUCGUACGAUGUGCAAUCGACGCCCAACAACAGCAGCACCAUGAGCACCAACAACAACAUAACCACACAGAGCACUCUCAGCACCAACAACAACAGUAACAGUAACAGUAAUAGUAACGACGGCACGAGUGAACAUCAAACCGCUGGCAGUAGUCUUGGCUACUCGCUGCCCAUAUCGCCGACAUCCUCCGCCGCCUCGUCGCCAGCAUUGCAACUGACGCCGGUGAGUGAGCGGCGAGCACGCUCCUCAUCGCCGUCCCAGUACAAUUCCAGCGAGGAGUUGGCCGCCAUUUUUGGCAUCGAGGAGCAGCCGAAAAACAAACAGCAGCAGCAGCUGCGACGCAAGCAAUCAGAAACCAUUGCGGCCUCAAGUGACUUAUCCACAGCAUCUGCCACUGCCAAAACUAGCUGCCAGCAACAACAACCGCAAUCACAACAGCGACACCAACAGCAACCACAACCAUCUGACGAAUCUGUGGGCACCGAAUCGAAAGCCUCGUAUCGUGGACAACAUCCGCACUUUCAUCAUCAUACAACGCCCGCUUACUACACGGAUCUCCAGUUGCGCAUCCAUACGCCAAAUGCAUCGGAUGUCGGUGCCUUGAACGAGAACUAUCAGAGUGUCUACAGCACCCCGAGCACACAGCUGGUGGAGCAACGUAGCUUCCCCAAGAGCAGCACAGCGACAGUUGGACCGCAACGUUCAGCGUUUUUUCGUCUUGGCGACACUGUUUCGACGGACAGCAGCAACAACACAAGACGCCAGCUAAGAAGCAGCAAGGAACGUUGCGCCAAAUCCUUGCCACCGUCUGUGAGCCCUACAAAAGGUGAACAACAACAGCAGCAGCAGCAGCAAAGCAAUUCUUCUCCCCGUAGUCAUAGUAAAUCACCAUCCAUUGCCGUAGUAGAGCCAGCUAGUCAAGUAGUUGUUGUCUCGAUUCCAGUAGCAACCACAAAUAGUAACAACAACAGCAACAGCAGUGGACGCAGCAGUCGCCAUACGCAGCGAUUUCAGCAACGCUCGAAGCGUGCGGUGCGAGUGCGAAGCGAAUCGCGUCCGAUUAGCGCGCUGUACGACAUAAUAUGCAAGGAGAAGGGUCUCGACGUUGGGGACACCACAACAACGAGCAACAGCAACAGCAGCAACGACGAGGAGCAGCCCGAGAAACAGCAACAGCAACCGCAAUUGGAACGACCAACACAACAGCAGCAACAAAAAAGCAACACGCUGGCGACCUUUUGGCCUUUGCACCACCAAUACCACAGAGCCGCAAUGAGCGGUGCCAAGCAGCAGCAACAGCAGCAGCCAUCCACGGAGCAGCUGGAUAAGCAGCAGCACCAACAGCUGACCAAACAGAAACGCAUUCACAAGCAUACCAACGAUCACGAUGAUGAUGGCACCAGCGAUGAUGAUGAGAAUGGUGCGCUAUAUGCUCUGCACUCUAGUCACAAGGUAACCGAUCUGAGUUGCAUCAAGGCCAACUCGCUGCCACCCACAGACUACCUCAAGCAGCAGCAGCAGACAACAACAGCAGCAGCAACUGGAGCUGGAGCAUCGGCAGCAGAGCAACCUUCACAAAUUGUGGAGACACGAUUGCGCUCAGCUAAAAGUCUGGAGCCGGUGGCCAAGAAGCGACAACAGGUGCUGCUCAGUCAGAGUGAUAUGAUGCCCGUGAAUACGGAACGCAUGUUUGUCGAGCCACCGAAAAUGUCGCUGCCCGAGCUCAAGAGUUGUCUGGACAAGAGCAAGGAGGAGCCGCAAGAGAGCAAAGAGCAACAGCAGCCAGAGGAAUUGUUUGAUCAGGGCGAGGUGCUUGAUACGCUGGCGCGUUGGCAACAGGAGCUGAGCUCCACCAUUGACAAAUCGGCGCAGUUUUUAAACGGUCAUCAUCAUCACCAACAUCAUCAUCAAGAUCAUUAUCAUCAUAGUGCAUCUCCCACAUUCGAUCAUCAUCAGCCGCCAGUUGCAGUAGAAAUUCAUUCACCUGCACUUGAAUCGACUCAGGCACAGCCUCGAUCCAAUCAUCAGGCAACUAAUGCGCGCAGAUUCAUAACGCGCACUCCGCGCUCUGCCAGCCGUCAAAGUGCGGGACACUCGUCACCGCCACCGCCAGCAGCCGGCUAUCACAGCGAUUCAUCCUACAGUUCACCAUCGCCCACACGUCGUCAACAGCAACUAGCAACAGGAGUAACAACUGGAGCAGCAGCAACUGGCAGCAGCGGCGCUGCAGAUCCGCAAUCGUCAACAAAUGGGAAUAGCUCCGCUUAUGAAACGGCUGCCACAUCUGUGAUGACACACGCCAAGCCGGCACCAGAGCAACUGCAUUCGCAUUCGUCGCAAGAAGUUGAAGUUCCUAAGGCCACAACGCCAUCUCAGUCUCAGUCUCAGACAAACGCAACGUCCAACGUUAUCAUACGCCCCGCAGCCAUCAACUCAGCGAACCACAUUAAAGCUGCCGCUGGAAGCGUCAACAAAUGCAGCAUUAAUUGCGCUUACACCAGCAACAACAACAACAACAGCCACAGCCACAGCUGCAGCAGCAGCAGCAGCAACACUAACAGCUACAGCAACAACAGUCGCUUCAGCCGCUUCAGUCGCAGCAACAACAACAGUCACGCCACGCCCAUGCCGCCCAACAGCAGCAAAGCGCCACUAAUUGUGCUCAAACCAGGAACAACAGCAACAGUAGCAACAACUGUUGCAAGUGCAACAUCGACAACAUCGACAGCAGCAGCGUCGCCGUCGCCUUCAAAGCGUCGCAAAAAUUUGCUAUCGCCGCUGCGUAUUGGCAGCAGCGCUGUGGGUGGCAAUUAUACGCCUCCUGGUGCCACGCCUCCGCAGGCCAGUCCACUUUUGAGCAGCUCCUCAUCCUCGCCCCAAACCUCGCCGGCGGUGCGCACCACCAAAGCCAGUCGACUGCGUGCCGCAGCGCUCGACCGCAAAAAGGAGGAAGAACACCAUCAACAGCAGCGUCAACGCUACAGCUCGCCCAGCUCUCUGCGCACCAGCUCCACGCCACCAACGCGACGUCUCAGCAGCUCAGAACUGUCGCCCAAAAGCAACGGCAGCGGCUUCAACUCGGAGCCAAGUGGCAGCUCGACGAGACAAACUGCAGCAACACGUUCGGCUUCACAGCCGGCGGAAUCUGGAGCAGAGGGACGACGUCCCUUGUUGUUGGCCAACGCGAAUAACGUGUCCAUGAAGCAGAAUCUCAGCGAGUUGCACUUCACCGGCGGCAUCCUCAGUCCCGCCAAGGUGGAGUGCACGCUCCACAUGAGACCGCGCAGCUCCACGCUCUGCGCCGAUGCGGAGAAAAAUGGCUUGGGCAGCUCGGCAGCGGGUAAAGCUCGGGAUCAUCUGGCCAAUUUGCAACUGAGUCCUGUGCAGAAGCACAAGAGAACUCCGGAAGCCUCACCCUUGCCACGUCGUGCUGGCGAUCGCGAUAAAUCGGCGAAACGCAAAUCGAAUUUGAAUCGAUCAUACAACGAGGAAGCCACCAAGGAUGGCGAUGAGGCGUCGUCAACACGUCGUCGACGACGUCGGGAGUUGGGAAUGGCCCGACCUCUGAUGCCUGGGGAUGAUGAAUCGUUGCGUGAGCUGUUACUGUCACCGCAGAAGAGUUCCUGCAGCGAAUCGACCUCGAAAUCGGAGUCGGUCCAUCAAGCGGCACGCGGCAUUAAUCAGAAGUUCAAUGAGCGCACCAAAACGGAGCUGGCCGAGAUCAAAAAGAUUGCCGAACAGGCGCAGGCUGUGGGCAGCGAUGAGCAGCAGCCUCCGGAAUUGAAAAUGUCACCCAUACUGCGUCGCAAGAGCACGGAUGAUGUGACAGCAGCUGCCACUGCAACAGCUGCUGCUGCCACACAGAACUCGCCGCCUGCACCCAAUCAGAUUGUAUCCAUCUUGAAGAAGAAGGAGCACGCCUUUGGCGAGUGCAAUUCGAGUGCCUCGAGCAAUGCGUCGCCUGUGACCUUCUCGGCCAAUGUGCUGGACACACCGCUCGCCGGCAGUCGCAGCAAGCGUCAGGGCAUCCUCAAGAAGCGUUCCAGCUUGGAUGAGUCGCGUUACUAUUCACGCUCCCAUUCGCCCGAUGAACGCAGCAUUCUUAUCAAGUCAGCACGUAGAAAUUCCUUGGAGGAAGCAGGUUGCUCGCUAAGUCCGGCUCAGGCACAUGGCAUUCUCAAGCAGAGCAGCUAUGACAGCAGCAAGAGCGAUGGUUGCCCCUCAGCCAAUGAAUGCCAACCGCACAGCAUCCUCAAGAAGAAGGAUUCGCUCUCGACACCUUCCGAUGGCGGUGGUCACGUCUCGAAGCAUGUUUCCAUCUCCCAGGCGGUCACUUUGGCUGCUGCAGAGUUGGCGGCACACGAUGACAUUGUCGGGCUUGAGGAUGGCGAGGAACAUGAAGGAAUUAGACCCAUACUGAAGCAAGAGAGCACCUCCAGCGAGGAGGCAGCACGUCCACCGAAACCGAUACUCAAGAAGAAGUCCUUCGGCGAAGCGGAUGAGCAUGAAAUUCGUCCCAUACUCAAGAGCAGCCGCAAGAGCAGUCGCGAGGAAUUCGAUUUGACGGGACUCCGUCCGGAUGCCAACGAUACGGUGGCCUCUGAUGCCAUGCGUCCUAUUCUCAAGACGGAUUCGCCAUCCAAGCGACGUUCGUUGGGCUCCGCUCAACGCUCCGAAGAGGAGAAUGCCAACAGUUUGCUGAAGCGUCGCACACGAUCGCUGGAACGUCAGGAUACGGCGCCAGUCAUUGAUCUGGCUGCCGCUUUAGACGCCAUUACCAUUUCACAGGCACCCUCGACUCCCGUGGACUUUGUGGCAACCGCAUCAAGUAUUUCGGUUGCGGAUCGCAUCAAGCACAUGGAAAUGCUAUCGAGUCCAACUUCUCGAACAGCGGGCGGCAUCAACAGCAGUUGGGAGUCGCCAUUGCAGCAGACGCCAAGUUCGUUGCACGACUCGAGUGCAGCACCAAAGCUGUUGAAGCCCAGCGUAUUACGACGAGAUCUCUACAGGGAUCGCUACAAGACACAGCCGGUGACCAAUGAGGAGAAAAGCUUCUUUAAAGCCAACUCCACGCCCUUUGACAUCUCGGCCACGUCGGCUUUCAAGCCCACCAAACCGCUGGAGAUUCGCAACGGUUCGAAGCAGCAGCAACAACAGCAACAACAACCGCUAAUCUCGCCCAUCACUGGACAACCGCUGAGCCACGUGCCCGCCCCCUUGCUGCUCUCCUCAUCGACACUCUCAGGCGCCGGCGCCUCGUUCCGUUUGGCGCGCAGCUCAACGCAACCGCUGCAAUCGCCGCGCGUCGCUCAUUUGGCCGCACAGGGCGGUGGCACGCCCCCAACGUCAGUGUCAGUGUCCAGUAACAACAACAGUUUGUCACGCCAGCAUUCGGUCAACGAUAGCGUCAGUCUUGGCGAGCAGUUGACACUCUCGGUGGGCAACGACAGCGAACGCAUCUUUGAGAUGUCCGGCUUGGAUGAUGACUCGGCGAUUCAGUCGCUGGGCGACGAUGUCUCCACCAACACUAAGUCAAGUGGAGCGACCACAACAGGGGCAGCAGCGGGAGGAUCAGGUGUGGGCGUGGCACGCAGCAGCAGUGUGAGAGCACGGGCCAACAUGUUCCAGCAGCUGCAGCAGCAGGAGCAGACACGCAGCCGCAGGGAGACGGCAGGUGGAGAGCAGUUGCCAACGCAGUCGCGUUCAUUUGCCAAUCGUCAAGCAACUUCUCGCCACUCGCCGCCUCCGUCGGCAUCAAGCGCCAACGUAACCGCAUCGCUCGGCUCGCCGUCAAACGAAGAGCCGAGCACGCCGAACACGACGCAGGAUACAACCGAUACGGACUUUGGCAAACCCAAGGGCAUUCUGAAGGGGGGCAAACCCUUGCCCGGCAUGGGUCGCGGUCUGAUGCCCAUUGAUCUGAAUGCCGAGCUGAAGAAUCGCCUGCAACGUUCGACGCAUGCUACAGUCUCGAAUCUGCGCAAAUCGGCGACCACAGCGAACGCGACACGCGAUGAGCUGGACAACAGUGCAUCGGCGAAUCCUCAACGCAACUUGGCGCAAAUCUUGCGCAAUGUGUCCAAGGAGAAUGCCACGCCCCCGUCAGCCAGCGCCCAACAUGAUGAUGCAGUGAGUCUGGUGCGAAAUUUGGCCACCUUGGGAGCACCUCGAACUGUGGAAGAUUCCACCGGGGGCAACAAUUGCGCCUCCGCAUCGGAGGGCGAAAGCUCUGGUGGUCGAGAGAUCGAAGCCAUUAUCAAGAACAGCGCUGUGGCCAGGCGACGUCGUCAGCAACAGCAGCAACAACAACAACAGCAGCCAGAUGGCAAUCUCAUUGCGAAAAGCAAAAGUCACUCGGGCAUAGCUGGCGUUGGAGUUGGAGUCUUACCCAUUGGCAUUGGCCCCCAGGUGUUGCCUCCACUUGGCAUCGGCGGGUUUGUCAAGUUGCGUCAUGUAGCUGACGAUAAGCCGAGCACAUCAACAACUAAGGAACCGCAUCAAACUGAAGACGCCGAUAAGCAACAGCAGCAACAAGAGCAAGAGGAAACAACACUCGAUACAACAGCAGACACAACAACAGAGAACAUGGGACCCGAUCAACGCACAAUUGCCAAGACCGGCUCCAUUGCGGAGCGUUUGGCGGCGCUGCAGAAGAGCGGCGAGGAUGAUUGGAAGAAACGCAUCUCAAAGCGCGACGAAGUUGACGACAUCAAACGCGAAAACUUUGUGAAUGAAUCACUUUCUUUGGCGCAUUCGCUCUCCGAUAAACCUUUGCCACCAUCACCACUAAUCGCAAGCUUAGAAGGCGGCAAAGUAUCUGAUCGAUUGGGUAAACUCCGGUUCAACUCAGAGAACUGGAAGCAGCGCGUAGAACCAACUGAUGCCAAGAAGUACACAGUCGCCGGACGACUGCAGAAGAAGUCGCAAUCGCCCGUUGAGCUGCAGUUUGAGCGUGCACCCAACGAUGCCGCCAAGAAGUGUCCCAUGCUGGAGGUGCGCAGUGCCAAUCAGCCGCAACUCGGUCUGGCUAAGAGUCCCUCGAUGAUGGUGGGCAGCACAAACACGAAGAUCGCAGCACAGCGUAGUCUGAGCGUGGUCAAUGCACAGGAUGAAGAACCUUCUCUCAGUCGCAGCAACAGCAGCAGCUCCGAUUCGGAUGCCGAGCGGAGUUCGCCACGCAAUGCGAAGCUGGACAAGGAGUUGGCCAACAACAAGAGUGCGGCAGCUGCCACAAAUAUUGGGGCACGUAUACAAGUACCGCGUCUGGAUGAUGAGGAGACCUUCGAGAACUUCUUUGCCUCGCAGUCGAAGAAGCCGGAGAACAGCGAGGAAACGCAGCUGGAGAUUAGCGCGUUUGAUGAGAUUAAACCCACAGAGCGUCUGGUCAGCAAGCGCAAUAUACAAGGCCCCAAGGGACGUCGAGCCGCACGCAAUCCACUCAAGAGUUUGGCCCAACGCAGCGACAUUAGCUCCGAGUACACAGAGAUCAAAACUGGCAUCGCCGAGCGCGAGUUGCGUCGCCAGAAGCUCGAGUCAUAUGGACAACGCGGCAAUCUGGCAGCUGAGGCCAUUGCAGGACUCGCCUCCAUUGAGGACUUUAAGGCAGUGGCAUUGAAAUCUUCGUCGCUGCCGCUGCAGCAAAUGUGGCUGCCCCACAAGUCGCUGAUGCUGUUGCAUGUCAAGGGACGCACUCACGUCCAAACACGUCUCGUGGCUCCCAAUCAACUCUCGCUGAAUCGUGGCGAUUGCUUCAUUCUAGUGGCUGGUGCACAACUUUUCCGCUACGUCGGUUCCUUUGCUAAUGUCAUAGAGAUCUCGCGCAGCAAGAAGAUUUGCGCUGCCAUCGUGGAGAACAAAGAUCUAGGCUGCACAGCUGCCCAAGAAGUUAUACUCACCGAUGGCAAGUAUGUGAACGAGCGGCAGUGGCGUCAAUUCUGGACGCUGCUUGGCCAGCCGGAUGAACAGCAGCUGCAGCAACCGGAGAUUGCGGAUUGCGGCCAUGCGGAUGAAGACGAUGUAUUCGAGAGCAGUUUGAUUGAAACAAACAAGAUCUACGAGUAUCAGGAUGAGACGCUGGUGCCUCUGGACAAGUAUUGGGGCUGCAUUCCCAAGGUGGAGAUGCUCGACACUCGCAAAGUGCUCGUCUUUGACUUUGGCAGCGAACUCUAUGUGUGGAAUGGCAAGAAUGCGCCUUCGGAUGCCAAGCGCGCUGCCAUGCGUUUGGCACAGGAACAUUUCGGAGCCACCGAUGCUGCUGACUAUGCCCAAUGCUAUUUGAAUCCACUCAACUACGCUGCUAUUGUCGGCAGACGCGAUUCCACAAAGUAUGCGAAGCGCACAGCGGAGCGUCCCGAUUGGUGUGUGCUCGGCAAGAUUACACAGAACAUGGAGACGGUGCUGUUCAAGGAAAAGUUCAGCGAUUGGCCCGAGUUGGAGCGUGAGGAUCUCGAGAAGGAUUAUCUGGCGAAUGGAGUGCAUGUAGUGCGUGCUCUCAAUGGCGUCGCUUUGCACAAGGGCGAAGCGUAUCAGGAACCGAAUUUGGUGCUCGAACAAUCGAAUCUGGGACGUGGCAACUUCUACUAUGACAACGACACAAUGCGGCACUUUGAUGUCAUCACCAAGUCCACGGACAAGUGGCAGAUACACGAGUUCAACUUUGAUUCAGCCGAAGCACGCGAGGAUUAUGCGCAUUUCUACUCUGCAGAAAGCUACAUUGUGCGCUGGGUCUAUCAGAUCUCGGUGACAGUGCGAGAAUUGAGUGGCAAGGUCUCGAAUCGCAGCACUGUGGGACGCGAUCGUUGCGUCUACUUCACCUGGCAGGGUCAGGACUCGAGUGCCAACGAGAAGGGCGCCGCAGCGUUGCUCACCGUCGAGCUGGACAAGGAGAAGGGCGCCCAGAUGCGUGUGGCCCAGGGCGAUGAGUGCACCGCCUUUGUGCGUCUCUUCAAACAGCUGUGGCAGCAUCAAGGACGCAAGGAGCAGUGUCUGGCUCGGCGUACCAGCUGGCGUUUGUAUCAGCUGCAAGGCAAUGUGACCGAGGAGACGCUGCUCAAGGAAGUUGCCUGCGAAUCGCGUCAGUUGCGCUCACGCAGCUCGAUGCUGCUGUUGCAUGGAGCCGAGGGGCAAGUGUUGCUCUGGCAUGGCUGCAAGAGUGCCGCACACACACGCGCUGUGGCUUUGGCUGCAGCUGAGGCACUCAUCGAGCAGCUGCCCACGGAUCUGUUUAGCUGCGAGAGUGCCACACUGCUGCAGAUCGAAGAAGGCGAAGAGAACGCUGUGUGCAAGCAGGCCUUGGGUCUGGAGGAGCAGCGCAACUAUGGCAGCUUGCUGGGCAACAGCAAAAUCUACGAUUAUACGCUGCGACUGUUUAACUUCUCGAGCACACAGGGCAUCUUCAAGGCAGUUGAGUUGAUGGACCCUCUUCGCUGUCAGGAUCGCCACAGUCCGUAUCCGUUUGCACAGGCGCAGCUGUACAAUGCACGACAGCCAACCAUCUUUCUGCUUGAUGAUGGGGAUGAGCUGUGGUUGUGGAUGGGCUGGUGGCCACUCGAGGAUGUUAAGAUCAACUCGGAGGAGCGCAGCAGUCCCACCAACGACAAUCGUGCGGGUGUCAACCGCUUGAUCUCAGAGCGACGAGCUGCCCUCGAGACGGCCGUCGACUAUUGGCGUGCCAAGCACGGCGACAACGAGGCCGCCGCCUUUCAUGGCAUCAAGGGACACGUUGUCUGGGCUGGACUCGAGCCGCUCGCUUUCCGCGCACUCUUCCCCGACUGGACAGAGCGCGAGGAUGUGCGUGAAAUCAAUCUAGAGGACGGGCGCAGCGAUGUGGCCACGCCCAUUAGCGAAAUGCUCGCACAAAUGACCCAAACCGAGUAUCCACUGGAGGUGCUAAAGGCGCGUCCGCUGCCCGAGGGCGUGGAGCCCACACGACUGGAGCUCUAUUUGAGCAGCGAUGAUUUUCAGCUGGCGCUUGGCAUGAGCCGCGAGGAGUUCGAACAGCUGCCGGUGUGGAAGCAGACCAAGCUGAAGAAGGAGCGCGGACUCUUCUAGAAGAAGAGAGAUCGGAUCUACUAAGAAAUGCAACCAUAUAGACUUGAACACAAUCACAAACAAAAUAACUUUUGUAUGCACAUUUACAAUCUCGAAAGAGAACUUAAUGUAUUUCGAUUAGAACUAUUUACAAACACACAUACACACUCUCACGACCACAAGACGUGCGCAUAUCCUUAUAUACUCUGUACUCUCUCUAUUAACUAUUAUACACAAACUCAUCCUUUAUAUAUACACACACAUUUAUAUAUAUCCUUUUACACAUAUACGCAUAUGUAUACAUAUUUAUACUGCGACUGCACUGAGCUAUGCAAUAAACGCAAAUUCAAUUCGCUUCAUUCGAAAAUGCCCUUUUAUCGCGAGAGUUGAUCAAUUUUUACCUGUAUAUAAUGAUAAGCUAUAUAUAUAUAUUCUAUAUGUAUUCAUUUCAAAAACGACUUUAACAAAAUUCGCAUUUGUUUAAUAACUGCAAAGCACCAAAAGAAAAGUAACCCAAGAAACAAAAACCAUCGAGCUCUCGUUAAUUUUAUAUUGUUUUCGUUUAUUCGAAAUUCGAUUUUAAUCUAGUUUUAUUUUUUGCCUAUUUUAGUAUUUGUGUUUUAUUAUGUUACAACCUUAUUUCUACUAUAUAUUAUAGUUUUUAUUAAAUAAACAUUUAUGCAAAAAUG